AUGGCCGCGCCCCCGCGCCCCGUCUCUCCCGCCCACACGCGCACGCACGGCCGCGGCAGUUCGCCCGGCGCCCUGCGGCCGUUCCCCUUCGCGCUGCCCGUCGUCCUGCCUCCACCGCCUGCCGCACCGCCCCCCCGCCAUUGCUCACGCGUCCGCUCACCCGCUCGCCACUCCGCCACUGCCUGGCCCCCUGCUUCGUCCCUCGCCGCCACUGCCGCGCCUCCCGGACCCCCCUUGCUGGCCGCGCCAUGGCCGGCCCCAACGCACCGCGCGACCCCGCCACCACCUCCACCGCUGCAGCUUGCGCACGCCGCCACACGCCUCACCUCCGACGCCUCACCUGGCCGGCGCCUUGCCGCCGUCGCCCAGCUGCCCCGUUGGCCACACCCGGGCCAGCGCCCGCACGCCCGCACACUCACGGGGCUCUGCCCGCAACGCCCCAACGCCCGUGCGCCCGUUAUGCCCUACUGGGCCUAUGACAUAUGGGCCCCAUGCCCAGAGAACGCUUUAAUAAAAAAAUUAUAA